GGCCGAAGAGUGCGCUGUGAGUGCGUGCGGGCGGUGGUAGUUUAGCGGCGGAUACUUUUCUUCCUGCGAUGGCGCUCGCGGGCGGCAAGAUCGUCCGCAGGAUCGGCACGAUGUGUCGAAUCGAACUCGUGCAGGGAUUUCAACACGCCACGGCUAAUUCUUCUUAUUUAAAUAAUGUUAAGUGCGUGCACAAUAGAUUAGUACUCAGACAAUGUCGGCGUUUUGCCGCCACCGGGCCGGUGUCUAGUCCAAGUGAAAAACAAACUCUAACACAAGUGUGCAAGAAGGAGAAUAUCGCCCAUCGGACGCCCUCGGCGGCGGCGAGCAGUAGUUCCUCAUCUACUUCCUCCGAUUCGGAUUUUGAUGAACAAGGGACUAGAGGAAUUUAAUUUCGGCGGAGAUGGGUCAGUGAUUUCAUUAAGGUUGUUUUCUUACCGUCAUUCGGGCAAAUCCAAAGCACGUUC